CCGGAGUCGCCAUUUGCGCAUACACACCCUCUACAAUUUUACCGGGAUGCACGCGCUACCAAAGGAGGUCUUUGGGAUUGUGUACAUCAUCGACACUGCCCAACAGUUUUGGUCAGAAUUGGACGAUAUACUGAGACUACCGGAGGACUGCACCCUCUCCAGACUCGACGCCACCUUGCGGCGGUACGCGUCCUUCUGCGCGGCAUACCAUGAACAGUACCUGCAAAGCCCUAUGCAGCUCGAACAUGCAUGCGAUAAACUGCUAGCCUCGGAGCUAUUCGCUUUUCACAGCGAACGCCUGAGCGAGUUAUUGACCGGCGACGCGCAGACGAACACCGACCCACAUCUAGAGAUGAUCCUGUACAGCAUCAUGCUCUCAUGGGGUCGCCGGAAACCCGCUUUUCUGCGCUCACAGAAACGCUGGCAGCCACUUCUCCCUCUACUUAUGGACCACAUCCGGCUCGACGUCGACCCGGAAGUAGAGGACGGCUUCUACGGUGCAGGCACAGACUCAAACUCUGGUGCGGAACGCGCUAUUGAGGUGCCUAUCGAGGCGAAACUGAGAUCACUCUCGGUAAGGCUUCUAUAUGAAGUCUGUAGAGUGCAGAAGAUGUCAAUACCCGAUCUUCGAAUAUUCGACGACGAUUUCAUAGAUUACCUUUACGACCUCGUCGAACAGACACGCACAAUGCAGGACGAGUCUUUCAAUUAUUCAGUGAUCAAACUCCUUGUCGCACUGAACGAGCAAUUCAUGGUCGCGUCUCUGCAGCCUCAUACCCCGUUAUCGCAGGGCGGAUUGGCGCAACAGCAAGCGGAGUCGCGAAGUCCGGAACACGCGAACCGGGUGCUGCGCGUGCUCAUGCUCCGAGCUUCGACGAGCCCUACGUUCGGCGAGAACCUGAUCUUCAUGUUGAAUCGGGCCAACCGGACCGCGGAGGAUCUCUGCAUGCAGCUCCUCGUGUUGAAGCUGCUCUACCUGCUUUUCACGACGAAGGGCAUGGCGGAGUACUUCUACACCAACGACCUGUGUGUACUCGUGGAUGUAUUUCUUCGCGAGAUCGGCGAUAUCGACGAGGAGAACGAGUCGUUGCGACAUACAUACCUACGCGUCCUCCACCCACUCCUCACCAAGACGCAGCUGCGGAACAUGCCUUACAAACGCCCACAAAUCGUGCGCACGCUCGAGAACUUAGUCGAGAACGAGUCCAUUCGCGACAUCGAUCCCACCACGAAGCGCCUCGUCGAUCGCUGUCUAAGCGGCGAGUGGUGCGUCCAGUUCCGCAAGUCCGCAACUGCGAGGACAGCGGAGCAGCGCAAGUUUAGCAUGUGGGACGGGGACAUACAGCGCGGCGAUAGCCCAGGGCUGGACGCGGUUUCCGCCGCUCCAGCGCCUCACUCCGCGGGGCCGAUGUCUGGAGCGGGCGGCAUGAAGCCACAACUGGACCGGAUGGGCUCACUGCGCGGAAAGAACGGGAAGACAAGCCGCAGCGCGGAGCACCUCCCACUCCCCGCGGCCUCAUCCUCGUCCGCCCAGAAGCCACGCCCUAGCCAGCCAUCACAUCCACAUCCACACUCGCGCGCAGACGAGCCGCCAUACAAGGUGUCCGCGCGCGCGGUGUCAGUACACGCGGUCCGCCACGGCAGCGGGGACAGCGGCGGGAGCCUCCCACGCGUUGCGGCGGCGACGACGCACUCUAGCGCCGCCGCGGUGAAGCACCGCUUCCGUGCGGGCUCGUUCGACGUCGAGGGCACGACGAGCAGCUUCUCGUCCUUGUCGCUACAGCCGGAUCCGCUCGCCGCACACCACCUCCUCGACGACACGGCGCCGUACGUGGACGAGCCCGCGGGCGGCUCCCCACCCGAGAUCCGCGUCCUCUCCCCAACGUCCCCGGGGCAGGCUGGAUUGCUCUCACCGACGGACCGCUCAUUCGCAUUCGCGGCGUCUGCGCCGAGCUCUGCAUCGUCGUCGAGCACGUCGCUCGGCUCGUCCGCAACAGUACCGUCGCCGCAACGACGAGCUGCGCCGCCGCCGCCCGUGAAGAAGCGACGAAAGCCGCCAGCGGUGCCGGCGGGGCGCGGGGCGAGCCCGUUGAGUGCGCUGGCCGCGUCGUCGCAGCCGAACUUGGCUGUGCUUUCGGCGGGUGCGCGGAAGGCGUCUGGGUUGUAGGGCCGGUGCGAAGGAAACGCAGGUAGGAGGGAUCGCAAGGCGCUAGCUUUGCACGCAGGCGUUGUGGGUACCAGUCUUAUUGACAUACGAUAUCACAUUCGCCACUUUU